UUUGUUUCAUUCACUAAGACAUCUGUCAAAUAUACGAUCUCUGAUCGUGACCCCAGUCUGUAUUGUCACGGUUGAGGCGGUUCGACGUAAACUCUUCUGCUCGCCGUUUACAGUGACCAUGACCUGACGUUAGCGCCUCACCUUGUCUUUUAAUCAGGCCGGGUGUUCAGGAGGGGUGGCGGCGGCGUGCGGAUGGGCAGCAGCUGGAGGUGGCAGCUCUCCCGGGCCAUGCGGCUGUCCCUGCGCUGGUGCCGGCCGCAGAGGGGGGCCCGGGCCGGCGGGGGCACGGCGGGGGCCCGGCUGUCGGAGCUGUGGAGCUACACCAAGCUGCUGCUCCGCUCGCUCUACUUCAACAGCCUCAGCGACUCCGACACGCUGCUGGACUGCGCCUUCGAGCCCAUCUACUGGGUCGUGGACAACGUGACCCGCUGGUUCGGAGUGGUGUUCGUCUGCCUGGUGGUGCUGCUGACGUCCUCCGUGGUGCUCAUCGUCUACAUGUUCGUCCUCCCCACCGUCUUCAGGACGUACUCCACCUUCUGGACCGUCUGGCACUUCGGCUGCGGUCACUGGCUGCUCCUCAUGAUCGCCUUCCAUUACUACAAGGCCACCGUCACCCCCCCGGGACACCCCCCCAAGAACCAGCAGGCCGUUCCCUCCGUCUCCAUCUGUAAGAAAUGCAUCGUCCCCAAACCGGCGAGGACGCACCACUGCAGCAUCUGCAACACCUGCGUCCUGAAGAUGGACCAUCACUGCCCCUGGCUGAACAACUGCGUGGGUCACUUCAACCACCGCUACUUCUUCUCCUUCUGCCUGUACAUGACGCUGGGCUGCGUGUACUGCAGCGUCAGCAGCAGGAACCUGUUCCUGGAGGCCUACAGCGCCGUGGAGUCCUACUACCAGACGCCUCCACCGGAGUUCAGCUUCAGGGAAAGCUCUGCUCACAAGUGCAUCAUCUUCCUCUGGGUUCUCACCAGCUCGGUGGCGGUAGCUCUGGGAGGCCUCACCUUGUGGCACGCCACGCUCAUCAGCAGAGGGGAGACCAGCGUGGAGCGCCACAUCAACCGGAAGGAGGCCAGGCGGCUGCGGCAGCUCGGGAAGGCGUUCAGGAACCCGUACCACCACGGCAGGAUCCACAACUGGAAGCUGCUGUUCGGCGUGGAGACGCCCAGUCAUUGGCUCACGCGGGUGCUCCUCCCCUCCGGCCAUCCUCCGCGGGGAGACGGGAUGGUGUGGGAGUGCGUCUACGGCAGGAAGGAGGAGCUCCUCGCCGUCUGACUCCACCCACGAACGGACACGCCUUCAGGACGGAUGCUGCAGGACGGCAUCAAACUUUCAUCGCUUCACUGGAGAUCCGAAUUGGGAAGUGAAGACGGAACUUUCUCUUUAAGAACUCAGAUUAUCAGUAAAUAUUUAGGGUCAGAACUCUGAAAUAUGCUGAAUUGAUGGAUUACUAAUCUCUGGUGAUGGAGGACGUUCUCUUGUGCAAAUCCAGGUGUAAAGAAUCAAAGUUCAGGUGUCAGAACAGAUUUAGAAACAAACGGGAUUAAUCAGAUAUUUAAAAUGAUUCAUUUGUUCAUUUAUCUCAACCAGAACUCUGAAAACUAAAUCCUGGGGUUAGAAAACUGGUUCUGUUGAGGCUACAGAGCCUGUGAAUAUGUUUGCUGUGAAUAAUGUCGACCUAUUUUGGUAAAAUAAGGAACAUAAAUCUGUUUUUUAGGAACAAAACUAUAAGAAGUCGGGGAGACUGCUGACCCAACGACAUCGACCGUCAGCAGCUCCAUGCUACUAAUCACUAAUCAAGACUAUCAAGGUCCAACCCUAAACUAAAAUAACUAAACCCAGAAGUGUAAGACUAGAGGGGGGGGGGACAAACCAAAACCAGCACAUGAAAUAUUCUAUCUUAUUCUCUUUGUAGGUUUUAGUUUAUAAAAUAUGAAGGUGCCAAUCUUAAUCUAAAAAAUAUUUGAAAUAAGAAGUUUGAUUUCCAGCAUUUUUCUUAGUAAAAUCUCCUCCUGAAUGUCUCCCCCUGUCUGCAGCAAAGGGAACUGCAGCGUUUGUUUACAUGUUAGGCCACAUGGUGGCGCUGCGUUUGCUGGUCUGACCUUUUUGGUGCCAAAGAGUGAAAAAAAAAAUCUUUUCUUGACCUUCAUCUGGUAAAAAGGAGAAACUUUUUGAGCAUUUAAUCGAGUCGUUUCCUAGCUUAGCGGCUAACUCUGCUAACGGAACUAGUUAAAAGAACCUGGUACUGUGAAAAUGAAGUUUUAUUCGAAUCAAUAACUUUGAUGAGCUGGGUUUGUGGUUGCUAUAGCAACAGAUGUCAAGAAUCAGAGCUGCGCUCUUGUUUUGGAAUAAACCGUUUCUUCUAUCA